AUGCGUCCACAGUUCCGCCAGCAUCAGAUUCCCACUCCCUGUGCCCCAAAGCGUUCAAUGGAUGAGGAACAGCUGUGCCACCGGUUGCACAAACGACUGCGGAUCGGCAGCCCAACAGCGGCACGCCAGUUGGCACACGGCCACUAUUCGCAGGCGAACAGCGUUCUGCAGCAGCUCCAUGCCGAGCACCUGGCAAGGCGGCAGCAAGUGCCUCGUCCUGACACAGACACGACGAUGACGAUGACACAGCAGGCGUGGACAGCUGGUGGCAGCGUGGCUCACAGCGACUUUGCGGCGAUGACUCACUUUGUGCUCAGCGACGUUGUACAGUGCUCACACGGGGCACAGGGACGUUGUCUGCAAUGCGCUGGGCGAUUGGUUCAAAACGUUCCAUUGCAGGUCUACAGCGAUUGGUGUACAGCUUGCAGUUCACCUGCAUCCUCUUCAAACACGCCGCCACCACGGCCUUGUGCUACGUCGGUGAGGGAGCUGACAUUUCCGGCCAUGGCUGCGCUCAUUGCGUGUCUCGGGCCGGAGCCGGGAGAGAGGUCACUCAGCUACGGAGGCCUCGUGGAUUUUGGGGCUACAUUUCGGUGGCUCAAGGAUCAGGCGACGUUUCGCGGGGACAUCGCCAUAGGAACGUUUGCAGGAGAUUUUAUCGCACCGUCGUACCUUGCGGAGAUAUUCAAAGGUUCUCAGUUGGUGGAGAUGAUGAACCUGAUGGGUGUUGAUUUGGCUAACAUCGGAAACCACGACAUCGAUUUCGGGCUAGCGAACUUAAGAGCACAAAUGGGAAGGUCUGCGUUUCAUUAUCUCAACUCGAAUCUGCAGGAGGAUGUGGGAAAAGAGAUUCAGCAGCCAAUGCGGAAUUCCUUGCAGGUGAAAGGGGACACUGGUGACUACGACUUGAGCAUCUGGAGACGCCUGCACCAGAUCCCAGGCAGCUCAGUGGGACGAGGUUGGGCCAUUUUGGCACAGGAUGGCAUCAAGAUCUGCGUCUUGGGCACAACAGAUAUCGACAAGAUGAACUGGGCCGGCAAAAAAGUCAAUGGGUCUGUGAGGGACAUUCUGGCUGCAGUCGACAUUCUUCGCAUGUGGAAGGCCAAACAACUGGGAUGCAGCCUGCGUGUUGCUCUGACGCAUACGAGAACUGGAAAUGAUCUAAACCUCUUCAGAGCAGUAGAGCAUGCUGGGCUUCACUUGGAUGCCAUCGUUGGUGGCCAUGAUCACUACAUUGCCUUCGGCAAGCUAAAGCGUCGUGAUAAUGGAACAACUUUUUUGGUCAAAGCCGGGGCGGAUGCACGCAUUGUCGCCAGUCUGCAGUUUGACCUGUCGAAGGAGAGUUUACCUGAAGGCAGUUUGUCCGUGGUGCCUGUCGUGGCAUGUGCGAGGAGAGACUCGGGCAGAUCUUGGCUAGACAGGGCUCAGAAGUUGUUUGUAAAAUAUGCAGCAAAAGCCGACGAGGCGGAUUCACGACCCCUUCACGUCACGUACCAGGGACUCUAUGACACCAGCUCGGUCAGGGACAAGGAGUCAAGGGCUGUCAAUAUGUGGCUAGACCUGAUGCGCGAGAGCAUCGCUGCGGAAGUUCUAUUCUUCCAGGCCGGCUUGAUCCGGCAAGAUAUGCGUCAGGUGUUUGAGCGACAACCUUUGAGUCAUUUGUUCCUUCUCGAAGAGUUUCCUUGGGCGGACGCGGAUGCGGACGCACGAAGCAGCUUGUUCCCCUUCCAGAUCACCCUGUCAGACCUGGUGCUCACAACUUUGCCGUUUUUGGCAAGGCGGUACUGGUGCAAGGCGCCGUUCAAUGAUGCCAACCGGGUGCAUGUGUCUGGGUUUGUCAUAGAGAUGACAAAUGAAGACUCGUGUGAUGCCGCGGGCCAAAAUCCGAUAAUUUCUGCCACUUUCGUUGGCGGUUGCCAUCGUGCUGGUGCCCUGCUUCCGGUGGAUUCAGGUUGCUGCACAUCCUCUCUUUGUGGACGUGUUUGGUCGGAUGGGGCCUGGGAUGCAAGGGUGACUGCAGGUAUGAAGAGCCAUCAGCUGAGUGUGGCAACUGGCCAGUUCUGCGUACCUUCGAAAUAUGGCAGCCAUGGUGAAGGCUUCCAUGCCGUGGGCAUGUUGUGCAGAGAUGCGGAACCGGCGGACAAUUGGGGCUCGGGACGCGAGUUUACCAAGCACUUUGGACGGGGUUCGGUGCAGGUCAGUAAGGAACAAUCCCUGUUGCCGGCCGCGAAUGCAUCAAGCUUUCUGCGAUUGGGAUUUUUUUUCAAGCCUGCCAUGAUGGCCAUGCUGCAGCCGCAGCAUACAGACGAACUGGUAUGUGCUCAAGGUCCACAAAGCCAGCAGUGUGACGACAUGCGGCACAUCUACUCUGCGCAGACGUUCACAUAUCACUGCAAGUGCCAGCUGAGGCAGGGUGCAGAAUGCACGGCAGAAUGGACAGACAACCCAUAUCCGCGCUUUUAUUCUGCGCCGGCAGACGCUUUUCCCUCGAGAUCCUGUGGAAUUUCUGAGCUGUUGCACUUGAGCAGUGGUGUUGCACGGGUGGUGGCGGCCUGGGCUCUCCUCGUACCGCGAGGAAUGGCCUGUGGAAUCGAGCGCUGUGCAGCGCACCAUGAAGCUGCGGUGACCGCGGUGGAGAAAAUGGACCCGGAGGUUCAGAGCCGGGUGUUGCUCCACAAUGGCAACCUUCUGGAUUCGCAGAAUGACUGGCAUCAGGCCAGCACCAUCCUCGUCAGCGGCGACGCUUUGGAGGAUUCCCACGUGGCAAGGGUGACCACUGGCCUGGAAAGGACACAGCCAGGAACACGCAUCGCCUCGAUUGGCAGACCGCUGGGUGAUCCAAAUGGACCCCUUGGUCUGCAGUUUGUUCGGCAGGUUGUCUACCGCACAGUCGGCUCGGGGAAUGCGAACCUCGGCAGCAAGUCGAGGGGCACACCUUUGAGACUAUGGGGCCGAAUGUCGGAAGCCAAGGCCCGACGUUCCAACGGCCUAGGGGCCUUGUUGCUUUUCACAGCCGUCUACAUGGUCUUGCAGGACCUGUGGACCUCGACUGGCGCCCUGCCACGCGAUUUGGCGCUGGCAGUGGCAGAUGAUGCGCCCCCGGAGGACGCCAGCGCCUUCUUCACCAAGGCUGGGAUUUUCAUUGGGGCCGGGAGAUCGUCCAUGAGUGUGCCCCUGAGGUUUUCGCAGCCGCCGCACAGGGAUGCACGGCCGGACUCUGAUAUGGGCAGCUUGAGAUCAGUUCAGCGGAUCAGCGGACCACAGCUGUACAGCAGGCCGCCCUCGUUGCUGCCAUCCUGUCCGCCAUGUGCGAGCCGCUUGCCACUGGCCCAGCACGCGGCACGAGCCGGUCCGUCCUCACGCGUCCCCGGACGGAUCCAGUACCUAGAGUCCCAGGUGAACCGCCUGCUGGUGAAGCGAAUGACAGUCGCGCAGGCCUACAGUGAAGUGACCUUCAGCCUCGUUGCCAACUUCUUCCUCACCACCUUCCCGACGAACAUGCUGAAGUUCCCGGUCUUCGAGAUCAUCAAUAGGGCCAUGAUGUUCACAGACCUGUCGCCGGGAGUCAGUGCGGCGAUUUUGUACAGCCGACAGGUGACCAACUACCGCUUCCGCAAGAGCAUGGGGUGGGAGAUCAAGGCCUCGCUGCUGUACCAAGCGUAUAUCCCGACCGUCGCCCGCGACAUCAUCUAUGGCUGGGCUCGUGGACUGGCCAACACCUACCUGCAGGACACCAUUGCCCCGACCACCUUCACCCACAAGGCCAUGGUCUUCGGCCUGACCAUCUGGGUCUCGUGCAGCUCUGCUGCACAGCUGGGCAUCAUCUCAUCCCCUUGCAACGAGUGGCGAGGGUACACUCUGCAGCCCCCAGACAAGAAGCUGCCUUUCAACAUCUACUUCAAGCCCAUCAACUAUGCUCGAUCCACAGGUGGCCAACGUCUCUUCCUCAUGUACCGCAAAUCGUCACGGCACCGCAUGCACAACGCCGAUCUAUUGGAAUUCAAGGUGGUUCGCUUGCGAACAGGCGGCAUCCACGGAAUCGGCUCCUCCAUCAUGGGCAUUGCCCUGAUGUUUGGCAUGCUGGUUACACCUUACGCCGAGGAUGCUUUCGCGUACAUGAAGGAGCACACGGCCCUGGCUCUGGGCAUCGUUGCUGUGCUCAUCGUCGCGAUCGUUAUGGCCACCAAGCAGCUGGGUAGACGCAUGGGGAGUCCACGAAGUGCACAGUCCCCAACCUACAUGCUUGGUGCCAAGCUCUACCAUGAAAAAGUGCUCGGUGUGAUUGGAGUGCGAAUCGUUUGUUUGUGCGUAGCACCGGGCAAGGAUACAGCUGUUCUGCUGGUCAUCUUGGCUCAUGGCAAGGGGAUUAUAGUUGCCAUCGAGAAUUCCACAAACUCAGCCAUGGCUGCCCGUCGUUCCAACGGUCUCGGACCCGUGGUGCUGUUUGCAGCCGCGUGUUGGCUGGUGGACCUGUGGACCUCGACUGGCGCCCUGCCACGCGAUUUGGCGCUGGCAGUGGCAGAUGAUGCGCCCCCGGAGGACGCCAGCGCCUUCUUCACCAAGGUUUUCGCAGCCGCCGCACAGGGAUGCACGGCCGCCCUCGUUGCUGCCAUCCUGUCCGCCAUGUGCGAGCCGCUUGUGAACCGCCUGCUGGUGAAGCGAAUGACAGUCGCGCAGGCCUACAGUGAAGUGACCUUCAGCCUCGUUGCCAACUUCUUCCUCACCACCUUCCCGACGAACAUGCUGAAGUUCCCGGUCUUCGAGAUCAUCAAUAGGGCCAUGAUGUUCACAGACCUGUCGCCGGGAGUCAGCGGCUUGAUCAGUGGAUGGUUGUUCUGCACCAUCAUGCUCCCGGUGACCAACUACCGCUUCCGCAAGAGCAUGGGGUGGGAGAUCAAGGCCUCGCUGCUGUACCAAGCGUAUAUCCCGACCGUCGCCCGCGACAUCAUCUAUGGCUGGGCUCGUGGACUGGCCAACACCUACCUGCAGGACACCAUUGCCCCGACCACCUUCACCCACAAGGCCAUGGUCUUCGGCCUGACCAUCUGGGUCUCGUGCAUCAUCUCAUCCCCUUGCAACGAGUGGCGAGGGUACACUCUGCAGCCCCCAGACAAGAAGCUGCCUUUCAACAUCUACUUCAAGCCCAUCAACUAUGCUCGAUCCACAGGAAUCGGCUCCUCCAUCAUGGGCAUUGCCCUGAUGUUUGGCAUGCUGGUUACACCUUACGCCGAGGAUGCUUUCGCGUACAUGAAGGAGCACACGGCCCUGGCUCUGGGCAUCGUUGCUGUGCUCAUCGUCGCGAUCGUUAUGGCCACCAAGCAGCUGGGAUGCAGCACAGCGCAUGUGUGUCAGCAUUCAAAGGAACCGCGAACUCUAUGGAACUCUGGCUUUGCACAUCUCGACCGAGGUAGACGCAUGGGGAGUCCACGAAGUGCACAGUCCCCAACCUACAUGCUUGGUGCCAAGCUCUACCAUGCCGGGUGCUGUGUAGCAUGCCUGCAGGCAUCGUCACAAUCGUGA